AUGUCUUUUUCAUCUGAAGAAUACACGUAUACGCCAUUUGAAAAUACCACAGAAAUAAGACUCCUCACUAUCCAUGCCGGCAAAGCAGAAGAUCCGGUCACAUGCAGCUUAGACGUCUGGGACUUGGAAAACGAGCCCAUCUACGAGGCGUUAUCUUACUGCUGGGGGCCUGGAAAUUCUGAAACAAUGGUACUGAAUGGAAUUCUGUUUCGACUCCGCGAGAAUCUCUGGUCGGCAUUAUGGCAUUUGCGAGAACAGGGCAAGGACCGUCUCAUCUGGGCUGAUGCUGUAUGUAUCAAUCAAAAAGAUAUACCUGAGCGCAAUAGUCAGAUCCGGUUGAUGAAAGAUAUUUAUAAGAGGGCUACCCGAGUUAUCGCAUGGCUUGGCACUUCGUCCGAAGACAGCGACGUG